AUGAAUAACCCUCCAAAUCAACAAAUCUCAGAGAAAGUGCAUUGGCGGGCUUGUCUUGAUCCUGCGUAUUUCGAAUCUUGCGGCUAUCAAGACUUUCUUUACAAGAUCUACGGAGUUGGCAAAGAAUCCAAACCCCAAAAAACCUUUUCCAUCAGUGUUAAAGGGUCUCUUCUUGUCGAGGAGCUUGAGCAUCUUGAGAGUUGCAAUUUUAACCCUCAAGGUCAAGGUCCCAAUGAAAUAUUUGAUUCAGACAAGCAGCUAGCUAUAGGUAAAACUAAAUCUAUAAAGCCCCGCUCCGAGUUAGAGUCUACCCAAGCUGACCUGGCAUCAGAUUUAGCGCCGUUGGAAUCUUUAAGAGUACCGUUUAGCCUAAACCACAUAGACUUCGGUGUUUGUGAAGGGAAAAAAAAGCUGAAUCCUUUAGUGCCGGCGAGCGUCAAGGACUAUAUCGCGCCGGGGAACCCGUUUUCGACGGGCGAGCCGCCGAAUGCACAAGGCAAAAAGGACCCUAAUACUGCACAGUGGUCUUACCUUGAGAUGGCCUAUCGGAUUCGUAUGCUCUGGCAACAACUCUGGUAUUACGCUGGAACCAAGGGUUUGGAGAACAACGAUAAGACAACCUAUUUGCACAGAUUCUUCGAUGACCAAAUUCCAACCAAAAUUAAAGAUGGGAAGUCAUUUAUAAAUGGGAUUUUCCCCCCUACGAUCGUGGGGGUUCUUAAGACGAACCAGCAAAGAAUCAACCAAAAGUUAGCUGAUGUAUUGGCACCUUUAGACGUGGAGAUAAACGCGAUCGAUGGGGAGAAACCCAAUAUUCAAGCGCUUUUAACUGCGCUAAAUGGUGAAUUGGCCAGUUUGAAUAAUGCAGCCGCGCAAGGAGUCCAAAACGGCGAUAAAAUCGAGGCCAUCGAAAAAGAUAUUGAGAAGGCGAGUGGUAACCUCGAGAAACUCGACGCUAAGAGGAUAACCCUACUUAAAAAAAAGUGCGCAUUUCUCACCUGGACACCUGAGAAACCUUUAUUUCAGGAAGGAAAUUUCAAUAACGAUCUGGGAAUAGCGAUUCCUUGGGUGAUAUCAACGGCUGGUGGCCAGAAAGGACCAGCAGGACCGAUUUCUUUGGAAGUCUCUUUUAUACUUGCUCUCCAGGUGCAGGGUAUUGAUCUCGCGCGAGUUCGAGCGCUUCGUCGAUUAAUAUCAGAGAUGCAAGGAAUGGAUCCAGAUAUUGGAAGCGCAACCGGUGAAAAAUUUAUCGCUACUGCUAUUAAGAUUUACGGGGAAGGCGACGAUAUCAUAACCGAACGCCCUGCAGAGUUUGGUGACAUUACUCGCAAUAAGCUUCCACCAAACGGCCCCGCCGGUCGUCUUCUUGUUAAAACCCCCACCGCUGAGAAGAGCUUAUCACUUGACACGAUCGAAGAUAUCCACACGACUAUCUUCAACACCGAUCAUGUUGAUGGGGAUAAAGCCAAAAGGACGGGAUCAGUAGGCGUAUACUGCGGAAUGGACCUCCUUGCAGGAAUGGAUAAGUUUUUUCUCAAGGAAAACAAGAAUCCCUGUGCCGGUUUCGUCAUUCACCCUACGGAUAUAUCUACCGUUCAAGUUGCUUUCUCCGAAAUCGAUAUCGGGGAUAACGCCAAACAGUCCCAAAAUGAAGGUUAUCGUUGGUAUCGUUUUACCCAUCCGGACCAGCUUCCUACUAGCGACGGGAAUGAAUAUCUGGGGUUCAGCAAAACAGCUUUGAAGGAAUUCAGCGAGGGGAGCAAAGCAAUUUCUGGGGAUUUUCUGGGCGAGUCUAAGACCGGGGGUAGCCGCCCUUCAAAACCAACGGAGAACUGGUACACGAAUAGAAGAGUAAGGUGUCAUGCGCAUCCUGUUACUUGGCACCGUGAUGAUUUUGAGCAAACAUUCAGGUGUAGAGCUCCUGAACGCAAGUUAGGGGGCUACAAUGGUAAGUAUAAGAUGCACCUCUAUUUAUUGAGUGAAGUUGAUACUGUGAAAUAUCCGCGCCAAACAUUCAUUAAGCACAAUGACACAAUCGAAUUGUUUGGGUAUGAGUAA